CUUUGCCGGUUUCCAUGGCGACCGCUAAGUUGUUGUCCUCGGGAGCUCGCCCUGGCCAGUAGAAGUGUCUGACCGGGGUGGCAUUAGGCGCAUCAGGCAGCAGGUGCCCAUGUAAUGCUUAUUACUUGUACUGUGGCAAUAGAGAACCGGGAGAGGGAGGACACGGCCAAGCGUCCAUAGGUACUGCAGCACUGAGGCUAUACAGUAGCAUAGACGCCGUUCUAUACGUUACUACCUGCCACCCAGUAACACUGCCAUAAGGGGUUACAGUUUCCAGGCUGCAGCACUUAGCCCGAGUGUUGCCGGACAACAUGAAAGGUGAUUCACAAGGGUGCAGUGUAUCAGAUGAUGAUACCGGAGAUGAUGAAGAGGAUGAAGAUGAGUCGGAGAGUGAAAGUUUGGGUGAGACCACCCCAGUAGACGCGGGACCUACCACUGUGAACAUUGACCUUGAUGAGACUAAUCUGCAUGAAGAAAGACCAAAUCAGGAUGAAACGGCCCAUAUCCCAGAAACACCAAAGAUAGAUUGUGGUACCGACACUACAGACCAGUCUAAAAAGAAAAAGAAGAAAAAACGCAGAACGAUUGGUAUAAAUUUAAAAAACUGCAAAUAUGAAAGCGUGCGUCGCGCUGCACGUCUUUGUGGACUGAAGGAAGUUGGGGAGGAAGAAGAGUGGACGGUCUACUGGACAGACUGCUCAGUCUCACUAGAGCGUGUAAUGGACAUGAAGAGAUUUCAGAAAAUCAACCACUUCCCAGGAAUGAGUGAGAUCUGUAGAAAGGAUUUGCUGGCAAGAAAUAUGAAUCGACUGUUAAAGCUUUUUCCCAAAGACUACAACAUCUUUCCACGAACGUGGUGCUUGCCUGCAGAUUAUGGUGAUUUACAGGCCUACUGUCGCACAAAGAAAAAUAAAACGUACAUCUGUAAGCCUGAUAGCGGAUGUCAAGGCAGGGGCAUUUUUCUUUCCAAAAAUUUAAAGGACAUCAAACAUGGAGAACACAUGAUCUGUCAGCAGUAUAUCACCAAGCCAUUCCUCAUUGGUGGAUAUAAAUUUGAUCUGCGGAUAUACGUCCUUGUGACAUCUUGUGAACCCCUGCGCAUUUUUAUCUACAAGGAAGGACUGGCGCGUUUUGCAACUAUGACUUACACGGAACCAAGUCUCAAUAACCUGGACGAUGUCUGUAUGCACCUGACCAAUUAUGCAAUCAACAAACAAAAUGAAAACUUUAUCAGAGAUGACCUAACAGGGAGUAAGCGAAAACUAUCAACUCUGAGGACCUGGCUGGAGGAAAACUGUUAUGACACAAACAAACUUUGGGAGGACAUUGAAGAUGCUAUUAUAAAGACUCUCCUUUCUGCCCAUCCUAUCCUGAAACAUAACUAUCGCACCUGCUUUCCAAACCAUAUUGCUGGCAGUGCUUGCUUUGAGAUUCUAGGAUUUGACAUCCUUCUGGAUAAAAAGUUAAAGCCUUGGAUACUAGAGGUGAAUCAUUCCCCGAGUUUUACCACAGACUCACGUUUGGAUCGAGAAGUAAAGGAUGCUCUACUUUAUGAUACACUUAACUUGAUCAAUCUCCGGGCCUGUGACAAACGGAAGGUUCUUGAGGAAGACAAACGUAGAGUUAAGGAGCGUUUACUGCAGCGUAAUCCCCAAAAGGAAGCUAGACGAGAGCAUUUGGAAAGUACACAGGCUGCUUGGCUGGAGCAAGUGCAAAAAUAUGAAGACAGCAACUUGGGAGGUUAUCAGCGUAUUUACCCACAUGCAAAAGCAGCCAAAUAUGAGCAGUUCUUCAAGCACAGUGGGUCUUUGUUCCAGGAAACUGCUGCUUCAAGGGCCAGAGAAGAGUGUGCUAGGCAACAACUAGAAGAACUACGUCUUAAACAGGAACAGAAGGAAAUACCAGCAGGGAAGAAGAAAAGAGAAAGUAAGGACAUGUUACAAGGAGAGUCAGCAGGGGAAAAGCCUGUGAUGUACAAGGUGACAAGGAGGCCUCCAACUAGUACUCAGUCCAGAAGUUGUAGGACCACAGAGAGAAAGGCGGCAGAAGAAAAAAUAGACUCUAUGAAGCCAAUAGACAUUGAUGAAAGAGAGGAAAUGGAACGACUACAAGGCCUUCAGCAAAGAGAAAAGCUCAUCCGAGGACUUGGGAUAGUGGAUAAUAUUAGCAGACUGCUCAGCACUCUGGAACCAAGAACUCCUGAAUACACUCUCCUAGAUGAUCAAACAAGAAAUCAAAUACGUUUCAAUAAAGCUCUGCAUAUGUGCCAGGAGACAGAUGGAACCAUGUCCUUUGUCCAGCUGCCCUGUCUUGGAGAUGCAGCCACGGAGACCAUAACUCUUGCAAGUGCCAAUGCUAACCAUAUUCAUUAUGGGCACCCAACGAGCAUUCCUAGCUUCCUAGCUGCAUUAGGAGCAAUGCCUGCCACACAUUGUAUAUCCAGGAGAUAUGCACAGCAAAAAAAUGGAACUUGGAACAGGUCCCAGUCCAUACGAGCAUUGGCAACUGCCAAUGAGCCAAGUUCCUUUACCAAUCAAGGAACCCACUUAAAGCUUUCUAGUGCCAAAACCAGGAUGGAGCAGAAAAGUCCAUCUAAUAAGAAGCUUAGUAGAGCUGGAUCCCUAAAUAGCUUUCCUCCUAAUGGACCACGUUUCAGCGCACCUUCCACUGGUUGCCUUCUGCCUGCUGUUGGGGGGACCUCAUCUACUGAUCGACCUUUAGCUAUUUCAUCAUGUUCAGCUACUAUUGCAAAGCGGACAAAUCAUUCAAGGCAAAACCCUAUGGGUAUCUUCAACUUGAAUAUAAACUGGAGAUGGACUUGAGCACAUGCCAACAGCAAGUACACAGAUACCUCCAACAAUGCUGAUUUGGGAUUCAUUCUCUGACUCACAAGAAAACAAUAUCUUAAACCAGAGAUCUUUGAACAUCAAAUAAAUACAUUUUAUAUGUGAUAGAGAAAGAAAGCACUGACCAAUUUCUUCUGUCUUAGUAGCAGAAAAACACUUGAAUCUGAGAUAGAUGUAUAUGUAAUUAAGCAUGUUACACAAUAUUCUCACAAUAUUCUCACAGCCAAAUUGAUUUCACACAGUCACUAAUAGGAUAACUUCUGUAAAGGAAGUGUAAAAGGAGUUGUACUAUGCAAAGAUUGCAUUAAGUAUUAUCACUGUCAAUUAGUUAAAGGUGUUUGAGGUUAUAGCCGAUGUUUAUGUCACCGUGAAGCCUUUAUAAAUCUCACUGUUGUAAACUGAGAGUAUUAAGUCAAUAAAAUUUGAUAAUUGCAGCCAUGGAAA